GCACCAACUCAGCCGGAGCGGGCGGCCAUUUUGUGAGCGACCGUCGCCGCUGCCGUUGCUAGCCGCUGCCCUCUCUCCGGAUUGGCUCCCCGCCUCCGCCGGCUCGUUGCUUUUCCCUCUUCCUUCCGGCCGACUCACUGCUGAACCUGAGGCAGCCCCGGGCGAACCCAGCCGCGGCCUUUUCCCCCCGAGCAGCGCCCAGCCACACAAUCGCAUGUCCACUAUCCAGAACCUCCAAUCCUUCGACCCCUUUGCUGAUGCAACUAAGGGUGACGACUUACUCCCGGCAGGGACUGAGGACUACAUCCAUAUAAGGAUCCAGCAACGAAACGGCAGAAAGACACUAACUACUGUUCAGGGGAUUGCAGAUGACUAUGACAAAAAGAAACUUGUGAAAGCCUUCAAAAAGAAAUUUGCCUGUAAUGGUACUGUGAUUGAGCAUCCGGAAUACGGGGAAGUGAUCCAGUUGCAAGGUGACCAGAGAAAAAACAUUUGCCAGUUCCUCCUUGAGGUUGGCAUUGUUAAGGAGGAGCAGCUGAAAGUUCAUGGCUUCUAAAAUGUCAGUGUUCAUAUGAAGAACUUUGCAGGUUGUGUUCAUACCCAGGCUGGCUAUUCUGUGAAAUAUGGUUCUUUGCAGUAAAUGGACUUCCUGUUCAAAAUCUGAUUUGCUUUUGCAUGACGACAGAAAACAUAUGGAAUGUAGGCUAGAAACACAUAAGAAAACUGCAGUUAGAUGGUAACACAAGAUCCUUGAGAAUUUUAACACAUUUCCAAUGGAAAUGUUCUCCUGCUGAUAGUUCAGUGUAUUACUUUUCACCUAAUUUAAAUGUUGUAUUAAAACCAUGUGUGUUGCUGCUUAAAUAAAAUGUCUCUUAUCUUAA